UCGUCGGGUAGUCUCGCGGGCAACUCCUAAGGAGGCAAUUUCAAGGGUGCGAGGCACAUUUAGCGACUGAGUGGUUGAUCGUAGUUCUUCUUGGACAAUUGUAUUCGCUACGAUGUUAAUGAAAUCGGUGAAGUGACUAUUGGAACGUGCACAAAGACGAAAUGCUAUGCCACGAUAUGCUGCACACAAUCUGUCCCCACGAUAAUUCUUACAAUUUACUGAAAUUACGUUACGUGGAAUAAAGGAUCGUGAACAUUCAUGAAAAUUAUUGUUUAUCGAACGAAACGAGAUGAAGACCGAGAAUGGCAGUUCGAGUCAAACUGGUGCCAGCAUGGAGCAACGUUUGAGGAGUCCAAAGUGCGCGAGAUGCAGGAACCACGGUGUAAUUUCCGGUCUGAAGGGUCACAAGCGAUCGUGCGCGUGGAAGGACUGCCGUUGUCCUUGCUGUUUGCUGGUGGUCGAGAGACAACGAGUGAUGGCAGCGCAGGUUGCGCUCAGGAGGCAGCAACAGGCUCAGGGGAAUUACUUCGGCGAGAGCGUCUCGACGGUCUGUCAUGCGCCGAUGGACCCCUCUGGUCCAUCGUACCUGCUCAAGGCCGACCAGGGUCCUCUCUGCCGAAGAACGAAGAACUUUCAACGUCAUCAGUUGCACUUCACGCAGACCAGCAUCAGCGUAACGCAAGGCUUUUACGGGCUGAAGACGAUCCACGGUUUACCUACAACAUUUACCGCAGAUGCUCCGUUAUUAAAUGGAUUAUCGCAUAAUCAAGAAUAUCGACAAGAAUCCGAGAGUCCGAAAAAACUGCAGCCUUUUCCGACCACGUAUUCCGCAAUUCCGUGGUUCGAACAUGUAACGGAGCCCCGUAAGGUGAAGAAGAAUUUUAACAAUUUCACUUCCGCCGUGACGAAUCUCAAUAAUAUUUCUGCAGACAAGAAUGGUCCUUGCCUGGAAAAGAAGUCUACGAUUUCAUUUAGCGUGGAGUCCAUCAUCGGAACAAAAUGAUGCGGAACGACUGAUUUUACUUAGCACAAGAACGCAUUUCAUUAUUGUAAAUAUGACUCACCAUUUCGGUCUGUCUAGCACUUAUUAACUUAUGGAAUAAAAACGUUAAAUAGACGAUACAUGAGAAUUAAUUUUUUAAGAAUUUAUAUAAAUUGCACUAGUCGAAUUAUCUUUUUAUAAAAUGCAACCAACAUAGUUCUAGAAUGUCCUUGUGUGUUUGUA